UUUCAACUCUACAAUAGCCAACAAGUUUCUGUACGUGCCUACUCUAACCUGAUGUGGCUGUGCCAGCUAACAAAUUACUGGGCUAUAUCCUGUGCUUAUCAAUCUAAACGACUUGUGGCUGGCGGAAGUUGAAAAAGGCUCCUGUUGGCAACUGGCGGGAACAAGGCUGCGCUGGCGCUUAACACUCAGGCUAUAUGUUGCGUGCCUAUAUAAACACCAGCAUAUAUACACAUGCUGCAAGUUAGGCUAUUGGUUUCCCUUUUCCUCUUCCGCUGCUGCUGCUGGGCUACUGUUGGUGUCGUUCCCCGUUUUAUAUUUUCAGUAGUUAGCCCAAGCAGCUUACCUCUUCCUGCUUAUUUUUUCUCAAAGUUUAUACUUGUAAUUCGAUACAUUGUCAACCCACUCGUCCAAUUUACUGGAUCAUAAUGGAUAGGAUAAUGCUUGAUUAUGCAGCUGGCUCUUGUGUUGACAAAGUGUGCAUCCAAUCAUGACGCACUAUGUUUGUCGUUUCGAUUUUGCGCACAUAUGGCUUGGAGAGUUUUCUUAAAGGCCGGAUUAAGGCUAUAUGCUCUCGACAAUAUCAGCAGUCGUUUUUUAAUCCUGUGAUUCUGCUGUCAUUUUUUUUCCAAAUCUAGAGUUUUUUUUAUUUUGGCUAUGGACCACUUCCGAUUAAAGCGCUACAACAUCCAAGCUCUUCCCAAAGCGUUACGCCGGCAGUUGGCGCCGCGCCCCGGCCACAUCGAGCCGGGAUUGCCCUCGAAGACGAAAUUGGUGCGAGUCCGUGUGGAUCGCGCCUGCUUGUGGUCGGCAUGCAAAAGCACAUCGUUAGCCAUCGUGCUGAUACUAAUUGGCGCUACGAUGGCGGUAAUUGGCUUCUAUGCACCGGCACUGUCUUCCCGUGAUCUUGUAAUUGGCAAUAGCACCGUCACCACGGUGGAUGCCGCCAUGCACUGGCAUCUCAAAAAUCUCACCUACGUUGGACCGGCUUUCAUGGGGCUGGGCUGUGUGAUAAUUGUGGCGAUCUGUGUGAUGACAUUUGAAGCGCGCGAUAAAGCCGCGAAAAUCUGUCCGGAAGAUCCGCUGAAGCCGGUCAAGGAUGAUUUAUAUGUCAACGUAAUCAAGAAUAUUGUUAGGAAAUACAGCGCGCUGCCUAAAGUAUCGGUGCAGUUCAAUGAAUCGAACCUUCCCUACGAAGACACGAAACUUUUACCCUCUCCCCCAGGCGCUCAACCCGAGAUCAACACCCCACCAGGUCACCUUCUGGAAAAACCUGUCGAUUCGCCAUUAGGCGUGCGCAGUCUAUCCGAGCCAUGCUUUCCUCAGAGCUUCCUGGCCGAUGCCCGCACGCAACUUCCUCUUGUACAGAUUGCUCCUCUGGGUGGCACAGCACGCAGUCCGCCGGAGUCGGCAGCAGCCGUCGUGGUGGAAGCCGGUGCACCCGCUGUGCCGCCGUUCAAGGCCAAUAACAGCGCCGCUUCCGACAGCAGUUCAGCUGUUUCCGUGUCGCAGCAUCCUGUCGGAACGUCAUUAGCAUUUACCGCCAGCAUUAGUAAUCUGUCCUUACAUAAUCUCCGGAGGGGUUCCCUGUUGACGACGUACGGCAUCAGUCCGCAGAGGCCGGCGGUUGCGGGGGAAACCGUGGCUGACGUGCAUCCCUUUCCGCAAAUGUACAGUCAUCUCCCACUACGCUCCGACUCCCCGGCGGGAUUCUAAUACUCUGUAGUGUGCAGAUCUUUGUACAUGGCCAGGAGCAAUACAAUCAAAAUGUGUUUAAGUUUUGUUACAAAACAGUGCGAACAUAGACUGACUUAAUACUAUGCGCACGCUGAUCGAUGUCGAAAUUGCAGUAUAUUAGAGCUUUAAUUUGACAUUUUAUUUAUACGUUCAAGUAUGUAUGAGUGAAGUAUUGAAACGGUGUAAUAUUAAAAGGAACUA